AUGGCUUCAGGGUUUUGCGACGUUCCCGGCAUUUUCAGGGGCAUCGGAGCCUAUGCCAUCUCUUUCGACGAUUCAUUGACUCAUGUUUUUUUGCUUAUCUUUGCUUGUCAGCUGGAUUUCUGGCGUUUCCCUUCAUAUCCUGGUCGCCCGGCAGAUGUCCAGGUCCCCUUUGCCUGCUUGCAAGAUGUCAAAGCCUUCCUGGAGUCACAUCAAAUCAAGUACUCCGUCCUGAUUGAGGAUGUCCAGGUAGGAAAAGCAGGGGAAAGAGCUGGGAGGAAAUCUACCAUGAAGCCUUAUGUCUGUUAAGGCUGUUGAGAAUGCAUUAAAACUAUGGUGUGGAUUUGACCUUUAAAAAAAAGGGUAAAGGACCCCUGACAGUUAAGUCCAGUCGUGAACGACUCUGGGGUUGCGGCACUCAUCUUGCUUUAUUGGCCGAGGGAGCCGGCGUACAGCUUCCGGGUCAUGUGGCCAGCAUGACUAAGCCGCUUCUGGCGAACCAGAGUAGCACACGGAAACGCCGUUUACCUUACUGCCGGAGUGGUACCUAUUUAUCUACUUGCACUUUGACGUGCUUUCGAAUUGCUAGGUUGGCAGGAGCAGGGACCGAGCAACGGGAGCUCACCCCGUCGUGGGGAUUCGAACCGCCGACCUUCUGAUCGGCAAGUCCUAGGCUCUGUGGUUUAACCCACAGCGCCACAGGAGCCUAGGUCCAUAUACAACACAAAACACUGUUGCUGUAUGUAGGUUUUAUUUAGGUUUAAUGAGGCCCUCAGCUACUGAAGGUAAUGGGGCCCUUGAUAUGUCCAGCUGUCCUUUGUCAACAACAAAUUGUCACUGUUUUUCAUAUUGAAUAUAUGCUAUAUGGUAAUUGAUGGACCUAAUAGGAGCCUAUACAACAUAAAACACUGUUGCUGUAUGUAGGUUUAAUUUUAUUUCUUUUUUAUCUUAUAUCUUGGAAAUGUACAUCCAGUUUUUUCCUUCAAAUUUUUUUGGGGCCCCCAAGAGAGUGGGGCCCUAAGCUAUAGCUUGUUUAGCUUAUACGUAAAUCCAGCACUGGUUCUUGCCCUAGGCUAUUGUGGAUGAAGAAGCCCGAGAGAUGAACCUCAACGCACGGAAGGAGCGUGGCAGCGACAGUUUCAACUACGCCGCAUAUCACCCCUUGGAAUCCGUAAGUGGGAUAAAGAUUUGAUCACCUCCUCUAACCUGCCGCUUUUGUCUUUCUCUUCAAACUCAAGAUGGAGAUGGGGGAGAGGCAGUGUGCUGGUCCCGGGGGGGCAGGGGGAGUUACCGUGCGAUGUGGUCCGUGUCCGGUCCGAGGCUGAAGCAGGGUCCAAGGCAGGGAGUCGGGAGUGGUCAGGAACUCUGGCAGAAAGCAGGACAGGGGGCCGGCAGGAACAGGUAACCAACGAUGUUGCUCCCGCAACCUGGAACUGGGGCUGACUGGCUUUUAUCUGCUCCGAGGCAUAGGGCGGCCCCAGUCCACAGGUGACUUGCCUCUCCUGGCCUGGAGGCGAGCACUCCUCCUGCGGGAACUUAGUUCCCUCCGCCUCUCUGCCCUGAGGCUCUGCAGCUCAGGAGAGGCUGGAGGGUUACCGGACCCAGAGGCAACCUCCUCUUCCCCUGACAGGGCUGGGAGAGGAGCACCUGCGGGCAAUGGGUCCUCCAUCACCUCCGGAGCCAGAGUGGAUUCAUCUGGUGUCUGCUCCUGAGGAUCCGGCACAGGUGAGGGCCCUUCACGUUCAAGCCCCUGCCCCGGCUCAGCCGGCCCUGGAGGCGGGGACUCCUGUGCAGGCUGGGAUUCCUCAGGUUCAGCAUCCAAAUCAGAUUCCAAGGCCAUCACAGGCAGAGACCUAUGGACCUGCUCUUGCACCAAAUGCCCAUUUCAAGUGCAGGUAGUUGAUCCUGGCAAUCAGGAGCCCCAGAGAGCCAGUCCUGUGCCAUGGCCUGGCGUGCCAAAUCUGCUGCUGUCACUCAUCCUUAAGAUGAAGAGACGUUAGGAAGAUGCCUCAUGCUGAACCAGAUUGUUGGCCAGCCUGUGUCGGUAUUUGUGGGGAAUUAAAUAAUUGAAUGGACUCGUGUGAGUGGACCGACAGCAAAAACAAACGGCUGGGCACCUGGAUUUGAAAGGUUGGGCUAGCACACAGAGAGCCCCAGUAGCAGAGAAUUAAACUCAUAAAAGUUGCCCAAUGGUGUAGCAAUAAGAAUAUAAUUUGUUAGACCUUUCUUAUCCUGUUACAACACUCCCCUCUUUUGCGAGGAACAGACCACACACUGCGAAGUAAGUUAAACAUGCUUUACUUACAGAUUCAAGGUCUCAGUCAUGCAUUGUUCCAUGCAGCAGCCAGGAUAAUACAGGAAAAAUUCUUACUGCAAGCAUUGUUGCUUUACACCCAACACUUGUCCCCAGAUACAUUCCCUCUCCUUCUCUCCCUCUCCCUCUCUCUCUCUCUCUCUCUCUCUCUCUCUCUCUCAUAAACAUUCCUCUCUCCGACAGCAGUAUAAAACACACAAUGUUGUAUCUUAGAUUUACAGCGCUAUGGAUGAUAUUGUGGCUGAAUACCCCCAGCUUGUGAGCAAACAUCAGAUUGGGGAGUCUUAUGAAAAACGACCCCUCUUCGUCCUCAAGGUACGCCAAUUUCAUGUUAACUACCACAUCAUUAGCUAACUGCAAAUGGUGCAAUUUCUCCCCCAGCUAGCUGCUUCUUGCCUAUUUAUGUUAGGAUAUAGUUCCGUUCCACCUUAAAAGGGAACAUGUGUGUCACAUGCCUGUUUACUUCCAGCACAGAUCUGCUGGGAACUUCCGUUUGUAUAUAGCUUUUGUGUUACUGCUGUUUUGCUGGAGACGAAGGGAAGCAGACAUGUUUUCCUCUGUUCCUGACCUAUGCUGAAUAAAAUGCUGUGCAUUAUGCUUGCACAUCUCUCUAAAUGUAUCAGUCUCUAAAUGUAUCAGAGGCUUGUGUCACUAUUUGAUGCUGUUCCUAGGGAUGCUGCCGGCCGGUGGCUGGAGCCAGCUGGGGGCCUGCCUGAUGCCCCCGUCUUCCUGGCAGUAUCCCAACAAUUUAAUCAGCCUGCUGCCAUGUUUCUGUUAGGAUAUUUCCUAACAGAAUGCUCUGUCAUUUUCACUCAUGGAUUGUGAAUGGUUGAUGCAACUAUUUCAGGACAUCAGAGUUUCUGUGAAGUGUCCUAUACAAGUGUAUCAAGACAAUAGAUCCUGUUUGGCUUUGCUGAACUCAGAGAAUUGCAAGCAAAGAACCAAGUACUUGCCGAUUAAGCUACAUCGUGCAAGAGAGUGUAUUCAGAAAGGACUCAUUCAGGUGUCCUACAUGCCAGGAAAUGAAAUUCCUGCUGAUCUGUUAUCUAAGGUUGUUAACAGAGAACAACUUAAGGUUUAUGUACAGAGGUUGCAAUUGGGUUGAACCACAGGUACUACAGGUUACACGGAAAGGGGGAGGAUGUUAGGAUAUUUCCGUUCCUCCUUAAAAAGGGAGCAGGAUGUUGUGUGUCACAAGCCUGCGUACUUCCUGCUCAUAGGAUGCUUUCGUUUUGUAUAUAGCUUUCGUUUUCUGUCUGUUGCCUCGACACGAAGGCAGGCAGUCGUGUUUUUCCUUCGUUCUGACCAACGCUGAAUAAUGUUGUAAAUAUGCUCUUCUGGGUGCAUCUUCUGUUGCGGAAUCUGCUGCAAGGGCGUGCACGAGUCCUGGAAUGUGUCUGAGGCUCGUGUCGCUAACUGGCUGAUACUGUUCUACGAGAGACCGAUGGAUCGUCGGGAGAUGACUGUCUCCCUGGCAGUAUCCCAACAGUUUCAAUGGUUGUAUUUUGCUUCUGUUGUUGCAAAUAUUUUAGCAAUGGUACCCACUUAAAUGGAGACAAAGGAUUGACAGACACAGCAAUUGGAGAAAAAGAAGGUGAGGUUUUAUUGCUGAGCAAUAAUGGACCCAGUUGGAAUCCUUUCCAAAAGACUGGGACCCAGAGCAUUGAAGUUCUGGGGCUAUAUACCUGAGUACAGCAUCACAGAUCAUGAGACAAUCAUGAACGCCAGCAAAAAAUAGCCAAUAAGCGCAUUCAGCCAGGCUCCUGACCGUGUGCAGAGUACUACUCCCAACUUCUGCUUUCUUUGUCUGCACAAACAGUCUGACCUUUUCCCCAGUUUGAUUGAAAGGAGAAUAGAAACUUAAGCUAAGAGGAACUCCUGACUCUAACUCCCCUGCAACAUCUGUUCAUGUAAGGACAUUGUGGUCAGUCCUUCCUGUUUCAUGUACAGAAUUAGUCUGGACAAGAGGGGGGAGAGAUAUACCAGCAUCUCCUGAUUUAUAGCUUCCUCUUUGGUAGGGACUCAAAAAGGGACUGGGGCAAGGUUCAUCUCUGGAAACUUACAGAUUCAAGCAGUUUUGCUGUUAGGCUAGGCAAAAAGCUUUUAUGAUUCAAAUGGAUUAUAAAAUCACUGUAAAACUCUGGUUAUGUGUGAGCAUAUGUGAAUAUAUUGAUAACUGAUAACUGAUUACAUGGAUAACUGAUUAUAUGAAUAGCACAAAGGUGAAAUUCCUCCAGACCCUGCUUCACUGUUAGCCACCCUGCACACAUUUUGGUGGAAAGGCAGGGUGCGGAUCCAGCAAGUAAACAUCCCUGAAACAUCCCUUUCCGUCCAAUAGUUCAGCACCGGAGGAAGGAGCCGCCCUGCGAUCUGGAUCGAUGCCGGCAUCCACGCUCGAGAAUGGGUCACCCAAGCUACUGCCCUUUGGACUGCGAAGAAGGUUGGCUGUUCUUUCCGACUGAACUAUGGCUAAUCCCUUUUCGCCUAAGGGCCGCAUUGAGCCUUCGGCAUGCCUCUGAGGGCCGCAUGCCAGCGGUGAGCAUGGCCAAAAUGAGUGGGACCCAUGCUCAUGAACAUACCGCUGGAGAAUAAAAGGGAGCAGAACUAUUUCUCAGAAAGAGGUUCCACUGCAGCCCUUUUGGCCUGGAGUUCCACCAAAGCUCAGGUCCGACUCAAGCUGGCCAUCUGUAGGUGAAGAGGAUUACCAGCUGAAAACACAGAACGGCUGUUUUCCCUCCUCUCAAAGCCAUAGCUGUCAACUUUUCCCUUUUUUUAAGGGAAAUUCCCUUAUUCCGAAUAGGAUUCCUCGCAAGAAAAGGGAAAAGUUGACAGCUAUGCUCAAAGCUGGUUUGGGGGAAAAUGCAUCUAAGCAAAGUUUUCCCUAAGAAUCAUAGAAUUGCAAAGUUGGAAGGGAACCCAAGGGUCAUCUAGUCCAACCCCCUGCAAUGUAGGAAUUCUUCACCCAACGUGAGACUUGAACUCAUGACCCUGAGAUUAAGUCUCGUGCUCUACCGACUGAGCUAUCCCUUGGGUUAGAUACAACAUGAGAGACACAGGAUAAAUAUGGAUUGUGGCCAACACUGUGUCUGCAUCACUUCCCACACCAGCCGUGAGAGUGUGCUGCAAAUAGGAGUAUGUGCACAUACUAUAAAGGCUUAAAUGGUUCAGGACCAUGAUACCCCCAGGACCACUGCUCUCGGUAUGAACUGACAGAACUGGACCCUGUGAUCAUUAUCUGAGGCCCUUCUUUGUGUGCCUCCUCCCAUGAGAUGUACAGAGGGCAGCAACACGAAAGCAGGGCCUUUUCUGUGGUGGCUCCCCGCCUGUAGCAUGCUCUCCCCAGGGAGGUUUGCCUGGCACCUUCAUUAUACAUCUUUACGCACCAGGGUAAAAAUGUUCCUCUUCGGCUGAAAGACACCCAAUGCCCUUUUAAAUGUGUUGUGGGAGGGGGUGAUUACAGUCAUACCUUGGGUUACAGACGCUUUGGGUUGCGCGUUUUCGGGUUGCACACAGCGCCGAACCCGGAAGUACAGGAACAGGUUACAACCCAUGCCUGCGCAGACGCGGCGCUGUGGGUUGCGAACGCUGCGGGUUGCGAACGUGCCUCCUGCACAAACCACAUUCGCAACCCGAGCGUCCACUGUAUUGGUCUGCUGUUCUUAUUUUCACUAGGUAUUUUGUGGUUUUUUCUAUUGUGAUUUUUAUGUUCUGAACUGCUCUGAGAUCUGUGUGAAUGAAGGGUGGUAUACAAAUAAGAAUACAGUGGUACCUCAGGUUAAGUACUUAAUUCGUUCCGGAGGUCCGUUCUUAACCUGAAACUGUUCUUAACCUGAGGUACGACUUUAGCUAAUGGGGCCUCCCGCUGCCGCCGCACGAUUUCUGUUCUCAUCCUGAAGCAAAGUUCUUAACCUGAGGUACUAUUUCUGGGUUAGCGGAGUCUGUAACCUGAAGCAUUUGUAACCCGAGGUACCACUGUAUUAAUAAAUAAUAAUAAUAAUAAUUAAUAAUAAUAAUAAUAAUAAUAUACAGAUUGAGACAAAAAUAGACCUCUUGUGCCCUCUGCAGAUUGCCAGCGACUAUGGGAAUGAUCCGUCAGUAACUUCCCUGUUAAACACAAUGGAUGUUUUUCUGAUGCCUGUUGCAAAUCCGGAUGGAUACGUCUUCUCUCAAACCAAAGUGAGUCCUUGAAAACUUACCACCCUCUCUUCUCAUUCAAACUGGGAAGCUUUUCAGCCAUUGCGGUCCUUUAUCCACCUUUCUCGCUGCUCUCUCCUUGUGUUCUGUGGAGGGUUUUUCCAACGGCGCCAUUCUUCUUUCUGACUUUCAGAAUCGUAUGUGGAGGAAGACCCGCUCCAAGAUUCCUGGCAGCUUAUGUUUUGGGGCUGAUCCAAACAGGAACUGGGAUGCCGGCUUUGGAGGUAGGUAGGCGAAGGGAUUUAAUCUUGGGCUCACGCAACAGGGGGUGAUGCUUUCCCCGACUGAUUCCAUUUAUGAAUCAUCCUCCAUAAAAUAUCUUGAAGCCAUUGCACGGGGCAAAAUAUCAACAUCGCCAGCCCCAAAGAACAGGUCGGGGCUGGCAGGGGAAGCCCGGGUCCCCCCACCCCCAGCCCCAGGGACCACACAUUCGCUCCAUAAGACGCACAGACAUUUCCCCUUAGAUUUUAAGAGGAACAAGUGCGUCUUAUUGAGCGAAAAAUACGGUAUGUGACCUGGCGUGUAGCACUCUUUGCAACUGCCGCUAGGAAAAAUAGAGCAAAUUAUAUAGCCAAGGUAGCCACCAACUGUAAAGGAGAUGAAUUUAUUUGACCCUAUCUACAUCAAGCUAUAUUCUGUCUUUAUCACCAAACUCUGAAUAUAAUUGCACAUUGUAUUAAUUAACAUUAUUUUUUAAUAUAUUAGUGGCCAUGUGAUAAUUUUAGCCUAUAACUUUUAUUGUUUAAUGUCUUAACUUGUAUAUUAAGGUACUUCUAUAGCUCUGUUUAGAGUAGGUAAUGUCUUGAUAAUAUAAACGUUUUAAGGUUUUUUGUCUCAAUCCAGUAUAGUUUCUUUAAAUUGUUGAAGGAUUCUGUGUACAUUGCGGCAGCCUUUGGCUAUGUGCAAUAAAACUGACUGGCACCUUGUUCUUUGGACUUUCCACGUUGGCAGGACCCGGAGCCAGCAACAAGCCCUGCUCCGACUCCUACCACGGCCCCAGCGCCAACUCCGAGGUGGAAGUGAGGUCCGUCGUGGAUUUCGUGAGGAGCCACGGAAACCUCAAGGCUUUCAUCAGCAUCCACAGCUACUCCCAGCUCCUGAUGUUCCCCUACGGCUACAACUGCACCAUCGCCAUCAAGGAUUAUGAAGAACUGGUAAGGCCCCGGGCUGGACGUGGCUGUCCUGGCAGAGACGCCUGUUAUGUACUGAAGUUCUCACCCUGGGCGAGCAGGGGGUAUACUGUGGAUAGUUUUCACUCAGGUCCGCAUAUGCAAAUAAGGAAUUGAAAGUGACAUUCAGUGAUUGGAUUGUUACAGAAAGUUGUUACUGUUGCGUUGUAGUGGAGCUCUAUAUAAGCAGGCUGGCUGAACCCUUCAGUUCAGUUCUGUCCUGGCCUGUGAAUAAACAAGAGCUGUCUGAAGAAUCGCUGUGUCGUCUGAUACGUUCACCCACAACUUAACAACACCCACUGCUGGCCGGCUGCUCGAUGACAGCGGCGAAGGUUAUGACUCCAGCGGCCAGAGGCAGAGGUGGAACUCAUUGCCACAGGACAGCCACCAACUCAGAUAGCUAAAAAAAGAGAAAGGAUUAGGUGAAAAUCACGGAGGAGACCGCUCCCAGUCUUUGCAGUGUUUGCUUCCGCUGGUGGAGGCAAUUGUGCCACUGUAUGCCAGUUGCUGCAAACCACAAAUCUGGAAGACUCUUGUCCUUGCACCCAGGUCCUGCUUUGGGUUUCCAUAGGUAUCUGGUUGGCCACAGGGAGAAAAGGAUGCUGGACUCGAUAGGACCUGCAGCUCAGAGAUAAGCACAGCCAGACUCCUCUUAGGUCCCAAUUUAUUUCUCCAGUAGCACCUUAAAAGGUAAAGGGUAAAGGGACCCCUGACUAUUAGGUCCAGUCGUGGAUGACUCUGAGGUUGCAGCGCUCAUCUCGCUUUACUGGCCAAGGGAGCCGGCCUACAGCUUCCGGGUCAUGUGGCCAGCAUGACUCAGCCGCUUCUGGCGAACCAGAGCAGCACACGGAAACACCGUUUACCUUCCCACUGGAGCGGUACCUAUUUAUCUACUUGCACUUUGACAUGCUUUUGAACUGCUAGGUUGGCAGGAGCAGGGACCGAGCAACGGGAGCUCACCCCAUCGUCGUGGGGAUUCAAACCACCGACCUUCUGAUCAGCAAGUCCUAGGCUCUGUGGUUUAACCCACAGCGCCAUCCUAGAGACCAACUAAGUUUGUUCUUGGUAUGAGCUUUCGUGUGCAUGCACACUUCUUCAGAUAUUUCGUGCAUGCACACGAAAACUCAUACCAAGAACAAACUUAGUCGGUCUCUAAAGUGCUAUUGGACAAUAUAUAUAAAUAUAUAUAUAUUUCUGCUGCGUCAUGGCUACCUAUCUGAAUUUAUUUAUCAUAUUCUUUAUUUGUUUUAAGAAUCCAUUCAUUUUUACUCACCCGGUUAAUAUCAUCGUUUCUAAGCAAUGGACAAAGGAAUCUGUCAUAGAUCUGUAGAAAGUCGUGGCGGUUUUAAACUGUUUUAGCACAUUACCUUUGCAUGUUUUGUUUUGUUUUGUUUUGUUUUUUUGAAAUCGUUUUGAUUUGAUUUUACAAAUAUAAACUUAUCACCAAACCAAAUACACAUCCAUAUAUUACUCUAAAUCUCGAGACUUCCCCCCCACCCCCAUCCCCCCCACAGGUCCUAUUGUCAACAUUUUCAACCACAUAUUGUUUCGUAAUCUAUAUUUUAUAUCAAUCCAUAUUGCCCAUAGCAAUUGUUACAUUACAGGUGAGAUUAAAACCCUGCUAAUGUUUUCAUCUGCUUACAGUGGUCUUCUAAAUAAAUUACAAGCUUUCCCCAUUCUUUCUUACUUUUGUAUGUUUUAAAGCAGGGUUGUAAAUCUGUCUGGAUUUUCCUGUUUUUAUCUUUUGCAAACUGCUGCGAGGUUGUUGUUGUUGUCAAUGUUGUUUUACCAUCCAACGAUGCAUAGAAUAAACCCAUCCAACCAAACACACCUCUAACUUUGUUUUAUCCAUCCUUUGGUAGGAGAUGUUCCAGGGAUCCAAAGGUUGUUUUGUGAUUCUCCUCGAUUGACUUUUGAUUUCCUUCUAGGAUGCACUAGGAAAAAAGGCAGCCGAUGCUCUCGCUUCUCUCUACGGCACCGUAUAUAAAGUUGGCCCCAUUUGCAACAUUAUCUGUGAGUAUAUGUGCCUGAUAUUGUGGUCAUCAGAGGUCUUCCUCAGCUCAGGAUGGGAGUGGCUUUUCAGCCCGAGGCGAAAGAGGGCGGAGCCACAGAGGCCGCACCCACCUUAAUUGCUUUUUGUAGUUGCACUACCAAGGUCCGUAUAGUUCAAGCUAUGGUUUUCCCAGUAGUGAUGUAUGGAAGUGAGAGCUGGACCAUAAAGAAGGCUGAUUGCUGAAGAAUUCAUGCUUUAGAAUUCUGGUGCUGGAGGAGACUAUUGAGAGUCCCAUGGACUGCAAGAAGAUCAAACCUCUUCAUUCUGAAGGAAAUCAGCCCUGAGUGCUCACUGGAAGGACAGAUCCUGAAGCUGAGGCUCCAAGACUUUGGCCACCUCAUGAGAAGAGAAGACUUCCUGGAAAAGACCCUGAUGUUGGGAAAGAUGGAGGGCACAAGAAGAAGGGGACGACAGAGGACGAGAUGGUUGGGUUUGAACAAACUGCGGGAGGCAGUGGAAGACAGGAGGGCCUGGCGUGCUCUGGUCCAGGGGGUCACAAAGAGUCGGACACGACUAAACAACAACAGCAAAGUUUCGCUACCAGCACUGAUAAAUAUUUCAGUUUUUCGGUUGCACAAUAAACUGCUUACAUGCUUAGCAAUAUUAUUUCACACCUUAACACAACAAAUGUUAAAUACUUUGUGGAAUAGGCCAGAGCUCAGGGAUUACGGGAGUUGUAGUCCAACAACAUCUGGGGACCCACAGGUUGAGAACUGCUGAUCUAUGGGCUAUUAUUAAAAGGAGGCUGCAUUUUAAAUUGUAUUUUUAACCUGUAUUUUAAAUUGUUUCCCCCCCUAUUAUGUUUUUAUAGUAAUUUUACUGGUGUUAGCCGCCUUGAGCCCAGCUCUGGCCGGGGAGAGCGGAGUAUAAAUAAAAUAUUAUUAUUAUUAUUAUUAUUAUUAUUAUUAUUAUUAUCCGUACAGAUUGUCAAGCCAGAGGUCCAUCCUGAGCAUUUUUCUUCCUUCCAGAUCAAGCCAGUGGAGGCAGCAUCGACUGGACUUACGACCAAGGCAUCAAAUACUCCUUUGGUCUCGAACUCAGAGACACCGGCCGGUACGGAUUCCUCUUGCCCGCCAACCAGAUUAUUCCGACAGCGCAAGAGACCUGGCUGGCUCUGAAAACCAUCAUGGAGCACGUGAAGGACCAUCCAUACUGA